UGGGGACUGGCAGUUCUGGCCUAAGCAUCAGAAGCUCUCUCUGGCUUAGAGACCCCCAUGUAGAGAUGUGGGGAGGGGAGGAGGGGAGCACUGAGGCCCAAGCCACCAGGUGUGGCCCCACCUCCUCCUGUCAGCCCCUCAGCGGGGGGGCAGGAGGGCGUGGCCUGGAUGGGAGCCAGGCUACCAACAGCAUUGCCAGGACACCCAGAAUGGUCUUUGUUGCUUAACAAUGGCCUCACAGGCCUUCUAGGCAGGAGCACCCAGGAACCCAGAGGCAGACAUGCAGACCCUGAGGCGGGAGGCUACCCAGUCCUAUGUCCCCCAGGGGACCCUCGAAGUGGACUUCCCCCCACCUCUCUACAGUGAUGACUACCUGUCCCUGGAGGGGCCCCGCUGGACACCAGCCAUCAAGCAGGCAGUGCGCUGGAAGUACACACCCAUGGGACGUGACUCUGCCGGCCAGACAUGGUACACCGGCCUAACCAAUUCGGACCCCCGUGAAGCCUGGUACACGCUCCCAAGGGCCCUGGAUUGCCCCUACCGGGAGGCUUAUGCCCACUGGCAUGGAUGCCAUAGCCACCGGAAGCACAGCAUGCCCUCAGACCAAACCCAGUGCCUCCGGGAGUCUGCCUGGUAUGACCCCAUCAUGCCCGCUCAGUACAGGGCCCCCAGCACGCGGUGGGGGGCCAUGCUGUGGAAAGACAGACCCAUCUGGGGCAAGGAAUAUGUGGUCAACAGGCACCAAUAUGGGGUGGAGCCGCUGGGGCGGGUGUCGGACUACGUGCCCUACCUGUCAGCAAUGCAGCGUCCGCUCUACACAACCCAGAACUACCGGCAGUGGGACCUGGAACCCUAUUGCCCAUCCACUGGCCAGCGGUCCUCACCCAUCUACAUGCCCACUGUCUGAUAAAGACCGUCCCUCUGUGGGGACACUGUGCCUCUC